AUGUCCGACGCGACCCAGCAUGUCACCAGCGAGGAGAGCCGCGGAAAGGAAUCCACCGAUUCCAGAGCUCACGGUGGCAACACACCAACUGGCUCUGAACCUUCUACGACCAAUUCCCAAACCGAGAAAGUGGAGCCCAAGAACGAGCAGAUCGAGCGAGUGAAAGCAAAUCUCCCACUUCCCGAAGACCCGCCCGCGGCCUCGGACUGGAAUUCGGCUGAUAGUAGGACGGUCAAUGUGGGUAGUGGGGCUGUAGGGGAUGAUGUGAGCAAGAUAGGGUCAGGUGGUGAGAGCGGGUUGAGGGAACCGGCGACGGCGGAGAGUAGUGUGAGGGUUGAUGGGGAGGAGCUUCAUAAACCUACGGCGCCUUGA